GUCUUCAGAGUCCACCUUCCUCAGUCCGUCCCUGGAGAAGGAGGUGACGUUUCUGUCCACUCCUCUGCUGCCCAUCCUCUCCUCCACCCCUGCCCCCACCCCCGCCUCGGCCUCACCGCCCGACCCGCAACCUCCGGCCGGAGACUCCGCCUCCCACAGCAGCGUCAGCAUCAGGAAGCGGCGGCGGCUUGCCGCCAGUCCUGGAGGACUCCACUGGACCUCUGCAGGUUCGGUUCUGAGAGACUUCUGGUCACCCGAUCCACCUCCCAGAUCGGCAGCAUCAGGAGGCGGAGCCAGGAGGACAUGCGGAGGUGGGAGGAGCCUCCCGUUGAGCGAGACGGACAGAGUGACACCUGCCUGGACCACAGGUGAGCGGGCGGUUCUGAGGAAAACCAUCUCUGCUGAUGAUGAGCUGCUGCGGCCCACCAGCAGAGAGCUGAAGCUCCUGAACCAUCCGGAGAGAAACCGAAAGAAGCUGCGCAGCGUUUACAGCGUGGGAACAACAGGACGAUACGACGGCAGGAAGAAGUCGGACAGUAAGAUCGCCCGCCUGGCCCAGAAGUGGAACCACAGGUCCGUGGGAGAUGUUCUGAUUCGAGACCCGAAGCCCCUGUACCACACGGGACCACCUCGAUCCUCCCUGAGCCUGGACAGACGCUUUCCAGGCAUCAUGACCCAACAGAUGCAGAACCUCCAGUUGUCCCAGACCAGGAAGUGUCCCGGUGGGCCGGCCUCGCCCAGCGCUGCGAAGCGCCUCUACCGGAACCUGUCGGAGAAGCUGCGAGGAAGCACAUCCUCCUUUGAGGACGCCUACUUCUUCGGGAAGACGGACCGCCUCCGCAAAACCUCGUUGUGAGCGUGGAGAGUCGGGAGGCUCACCUGAGCGCCCUGGUGGUGGAGGCGGAGCGUCGGGCGGCCGACUUGGCGGCCCAGGCUCAGAGGGACGGCCUCUCUCUGGAAGCCUGCCACAAAGACAAGCAGCUGAGGACGUGGGAGUGGAGGAGCAAGCUGUACAAGCGCAUGAGGACCGGCUUCCAGCACGCACGUGCCCCGGAGGCCCCGACGAUGGUCCGUCUGAGCGUGAGCAGCAGCACCACGCUGACCGUCAGCUUCCAGGAGCCGCAGAGUCUGAACUCCACCGUGGUCACCAAAUACAGAGUGGAGUGGAGCUGCCUAAAGGAUUUCUCUCUGCUCGCCGGUGACAUGGUUCUGGACAAUCUGCAGAACCUGAAGUGCACCAUCAGCAGCCUCACAACGGGUCGGCUCUACUACGUGCGGGUGUCAGCGUACAACAUGAAGGGCUGGGGUCCGCCCGCCUCCUCGCUGCCUCCAUCUGCAGCUCCGUCCAACUGGAGGGAGAGCGACGGCCGGGAUCCCAGGAGGCGGGGCCACAUCGAGGCCAUGGAGCGCCUGCUGCAGCAGGUCCGGGCGACCCACACACACUACUGCUGUGGAGACCCGUCGAAGCUGCAGAACCCCAUCAGGAAGCAGUCUGUCUCCAGAAGCCUCAAACAUCUCUUCAACUCCAACAAGUUCGUGAAAACAUUGAAAAGGGGGAUCUACUUGGCUGCCGUCUUCUACCAUAAGGACAGUUUACUGGUGACGGCCGAGGACCAGAUCCCCAUCGUGGAGGUGGACGACUCCUACAGCAGCUCGCUCAUGCAGGACUUCCUGUGGUUCACAAAGCUGUCCUGUAUGUGGGAGGACGUCCGGUGGCUCAGGCAGAGCAUGUCCGUCUCCAUGUCGUCCUCGUCCACGCUGCAGGCUCGACACAAGAUGCUGACCGCCACCGGGCAACUGCAGAACCUCCUGGGAACGCAUAACCUGGGUCGGGUCCACUAUGAGCCCAUCAAAGACCGCCACGGAAACGUCCUGCUGGUGACAAUCCGAGACACGGAGAGCCAGCAUUCGCUGUUCAGCGGGAAGUGGAUCCAGGUGACCAAACUGCAGAGCCAGAGGAAGUCCCUGUCCACGCCCGAGGAGCCGUACGCACUCGACAUCCUCAUCAUCACCAUGCAGGACAUCCUGGCGUACCAGCGCCGCAGCAACCACCGUCUGGUUUCUGGACUCUACCUGGGCUACCUGAAGCUCAGCAGCUCUGUGGACCAGAUCAAAGUCCUGGUCUCCCAGCGGACCCCCAACAUGCUCUGCCACACCCGCAUCCGGGACAACGCCAACGUGUCCAGAGAGGAGUGGGAUUGGAUCCAAACACUGGCAGCUGUAGGGGACAAAGACCACAGUGAGGAGGACAGUGAAGGGGCGGAGAUUCGUGCAGAAAGCCAUGCCCCAUUACUGUACUACGAGCUGCGAACGGCCAUCAAGUCUCUGUUGCAGCACAUCAACAUCCCUCUGCACCAGGCCCGUCACUUUCGUCUCUACAGUCAGGAAGUAGUGGAGCUCGGUCACGGCGUCUCCUUCCUGCUGCUGCUGCCGCCUGCUGAUGAUGUUUGCUCCGCCCCCGGACAGUCCAACCCCUACAGCCCCCUGUCAGGGUUCCUGCACCUGCCGCUGCAGAUGUUCGAGCUCGUUCAUUUCUGCACCUACAAGGAGCGGUUCAUCAGUCUGUACUGCCGUCUCUCCUCCGUCCUGGACCUGGACUCCCUCAUUACUCAGCAGGCGCUGCGGGAGGCCAUCACCGACAGCGAGGUGACCACCGCCAAACAUCGACACCAGCUCAUCCUGGACUACAUCCAGCAGUUGGACGAGGUGCGGCGGGACCUCCGGUGGAUCACGGACGCCCUGCAGUACGCCCGCUACAAGCAGCCCCACGGCGGCGUGCCCAUCACCUGCCUGGUGGACGCCAACGCUCCGGAGAGCGGCUCGGGUCAGCAGAAGACCGACUCCACCUCCUCCAACAUGGACUACCUGCCCACGCCGUCUCCGUCCCCGGAGCUUCGCCGGAGUAAAGCCAUCAGUGAGUCUCUGCUGGGUUCUGACGAGGACGGGUCCUCCGAGGUGUUCCUGCCCACGGACAGCGACUACGACUCCAGCGACGCCCUGAGUCCCCGAGAACUGGACCUGCUCUACUCUCCGGCCCCGGACUUCUCCCAUCAGGCCGUGCACUCGCUGGGUGGCAGCGCCCCCGAUGUCCUGCAGGUCAACGAGCUCAGGUACAGUGUCUGCACACCUGCAGACCCCCUUACACCUGUAAAGGACCCUCUCCUACCCUCCUCCCCCUCCACGGACCUCCUCCUUCCGUCCACCCACCCGCCUGCCCCCCCACCUCGCUCCAGGACCCUCCCCACGUCCCCGUCCCUGCCCCUGUCUCCCAGGUUCUACAAAGACCUCCCCCUGUCCCUCCCCCUCUCCCCAGGUCUGUCUGACACCACUAGGACUCUGGAGGGUCUCUCCCUGUCCAAGGAGGGCCCCGCCCCUUUCAGGGCCCUCGCCAACCCCCCUGCCAAGAGAAAACUGCUGUCCAGGAGCCACCGGGGCCAGUACUUCAGCGGGCCCCAGCGCUGGUUGCGGGGCCACAGCGGGGACAGUCUCACCGGGUCCUUGUCUGAGGGGGUUUACACCAAGCAGCUGGACCCCGACCUGACCCCGCCCUCUCCACAGGGCCACACCUUCAUUAGCCACGCCUCCUGUGUCCUGGAGAAUCGCAAGUCCCGGCACCGGGACCCGCGGCCCCACGUUCGCAGGAUCUUCGUGGAGCCCUGCAGGGACCCUUCCCCAGACCACCACGGGGGGCGACGGGAGGGCAUCUCGGCCGCAGGGGUGUCUGUGGUCGUGGCGGAGGUGGAGUCUGGAGGGGAGGAGCCAGAGGGAGCCGCCGCCCAGGAAGUGGACUCAGACGAGCAAAGCAACGCGCAGGUGUCGGAAAUCCUCAGCAGCACUUUGUAGGAGGAGCCUAGAAAAACCAGGAAGUCUUUAAAUCCGACAGAAAACACCUGAAAGGAUGUUAAAGCCACUAAAAACAUGACCUGGUCAGACCAGAACCCAGUUCCCCGAGUGGAGAUCCAAACAGGAGGUUCUGGUCUUCAGCAAAGUCUGGUUCAACCACUGCAAACAUUGAAUUUAAUGGAUUUAAUUAUUAAAAAAUUAACCUGUAGAAAAUGCAGAAAGGAGUCGAAACACUGGAGCUGAUGAGCUACAGGCUAGUCUGAACGCAGCCCAGACCAAAGAGGGUCCAGGACUGUGGGAUAAAUCUUGUCAGUAGGAACUAAAUUUGACAAAGUUAUUUUAUUGCAGUGAUUAAUUUGACCUAUAU